GAUGAUAUAAAUUGUAUAAAGCAUCAAUCGUGGCAGUUGUGAAUAAAAGAAUAAUUUAUCAUAAUAAUCAAAGUUUAUUGACUUCUUCAUUGGUUCUUUCAAAAUCGCAAGACAAAUCCAUUAUUCGCUGUAUGUAUUCAGAAAUACUGUAUAGCUUUCACGUGAUAAUCAAGGUGACACCAAAUUUCGGAAAUGUAGCACUUUUUCGUUUAUCAAUUAAUUCGCGUUCUCAAAGAAUUAUGACAACGUUGAACACAACUUCUACGACCUCUACUCUUUGGUCACAUACUGACACUGAUAUAGAACGUUUAUACUAUGAGUUAUGCUACCGCAAAGCACCCAGACGAAUCGCAUGGUCAACACAGAAUAUAAUAGCAUGGUCACCACACCCUAAUGAUAAUUUAGAUACUAAAUUCUCUCGCUACUGUCCAAAUGUUGGAAUAUAUAGUCCAUGUAGAGGUAUCGAUGCCAAUGGCCCCGCUUGGUCUUUUAUAAAUAAAGAGUAUUUAUCUCUUUUUGAUCGUGUAGAAAACUAUCAUAGAUUCGGUGAUGUUAUUACAGAUUUAGUAUGGAAUCAGACAGGUUCUGCACUAGCAUCCAUAGAUCAGAGAGGUAAAAUAGCAAUAUGGACCAUGAAUAAUUUUAUAAACCAGUGGAAGUGUAUUUGUAAUGUCAAUCUUGGGGAAA